ACCUUCCUCUCGGGAACUUGACCUCCUCGGUUUUCAGUCUCUCCCUGAAGAUUCCUCAGUGAAGACCUUCACACCGCAGAACCGAACCGAACCUCUGUGUUUCAGAACUGACCUCGCGGUUCCGGUUCGGAAACCAGAUUUGAACACUUUUUAUAUUCCCGGCGUUGGUUCUGUUCGGAUCCGAUUCUUCCCCCCGAACCGUCCGUGGUUCCGUUCCUUCCUCUGCAGCUGGGUGUGUUAGGCAGAACUGGACCGGAGUUCGGCUCGUUCUGAGGAAUGAACCCGUCUGGACCCGGACUGGACCGACACCAUGGAUUAUAAAGAGCUGGGGGUUCGUCUGGAGGAGAAGCUGACCCUGACAGAGAAGACCCUGCCUCUGCUGUCAGAUUCUCCGUCCCUCCAGAACAGAGACCAGAACCCAGAGAAAGACCUGCUGACCCCGGACGACUCGGCCGUGUCAGAUCUGUCCCCUAACACAGACUCCAGGACGGAGACGCCGUCCAGGACGGAGACCUCCCUGAAGACGGACGGCCGACCUCUGACCCCGGCCUCCAGCAGCUGCAGCCCGCAGCCCAAGAAAGAGGGACGUUGGCGUCGGGGACAACGUGGACCUCUGAACGACGUGGUGCUGCGGCUGGGUGUUUGUUUGGACCUGAAGCUCAUCAUGACGGAUGGAAGAGAACCCUCCUGGUCAUCUCUGGGAUUUGGGGUCAUAGGAAUCAUGGUUUUGGUUCUGAUUCUGCAGAAUUUCCCUAAAAAUGUAGAAACCCAACCAGAUUAUUUUAAUGUGGAUCAGCUGGAAUCAGCUGGGAUCAGCUGGGAUCAGCUGGAAUCAGCUGGGAUCAGACCCUCAGGUGGCUUCCUGGUUGUCAUGACGGUGUGUCUGUGUGCCGACGCUGCAGCCGCCAAGAAGGCCCAGUGGCUGGAGAAGGAGGAGAAGGCGCGGCGGCUGAGGGAGAGCCAGCUGGAGGAGCGGCGCCGGAGGCUGGAGGAGCAGCGGCUGAAGGCGGAGAAACGCCGCGCAGUGCUGGAGGAGAAGCAGCGGCAGAAGCUGGAGAAGAACAAGGAACGGUACGAGGCGGCCAUCAAGAGGUCGACGAAGAAGACGUGGGCGGAGAUCCGGCAGCAGCGCUGGUCCUGGGCCGGCGGCCUCAACCAGACGUCCCGCAGAGAGAGCAGAUGCUCGGCCUCCACGGUCAACCUGCCCCGACAGGCGGAGCCUGUCAUUAACAACAGGCUGUCCAAGUCCUCUGCCACCCUGUGGAACUCCCCCAACAGAAGUAAGGACGAGUCGACGCCAGCAUCCACCAGGCCUUCCUCCUCUCCUCCUCCUCAUCCCCACCCUGACCCGGUCUCAGUGCUCGCUGUCGCCUGCCUGCCUGCCUGCCUGCGCUUGGUGACUGGUCAUUUACCACCUGCUCCCUCCCGUCACGCUCUCGUGUGCAUCGUGGGUUUUACUUUGAGUUGGUGGUUUUGGAGCCACAGUGGGUCCUGGAGGCCCGGCGUCCUGCACGGCCCGGUUCUGUCUCACCUGGAUCCAAUGACGGCUCAUUGGAGGAACUUUGACCUGCUGAGGAGGAAGUUACCGCCAGCAGCCUCCUUCAGCCCGUUCUCCCAGAGCUCCCAGCAGCCCCAGAGCUCCGCUGAGCGUUGGAGGGUUUCGUCCUGCAGCACGCCCGACAUCACGCAGAGGCAGCGGCGACGCAACUCCACGCCGGUGGAGAAGAAGAAGAAGGAGAAGAAGGACAAGGAGAGAGAGAACGAGAAGGAGAAGAGCGCGCUCGCCAAGGAGAGAGUGCAGAAGAAGAGACAGAUGACAUCAUCAGCGAGCGCCGGCGUCUCCAGGUCCAGACAGGAGGCCAGGUACCGCCCGGAUCCGGAACGUCUCCUUUCAUCCUCCUCUCUGGUCCGUAGCGCCCCCCGGGCCAGGAACCGGCCCCCGUCUCCGGCCCCCAGGAGCCGCCCGCUGUCCCCUCUGGUGCCGGCCUCCAAGCCGCCCCCGGGCCAGAAGACGCCCUCAGCCGCCGCCAAGCCCCGCCCCAAACGGGCCCAGACGCCCGCCAGAGUGCAGCCGCAGGCUGUGGCCGCCGUUACCGUGGAAACCAGAGAGGAGGAGAAUAACAGCUGCAGCGCCGUUCCUGCCAUCGUGGUUUCCUCCGCCCCGCUCACGCCUCCGUCCCUCAGCCCGCCCGUCGUAGCGUCGCAGCCCGCUGCUGCCGCCGUCGGGUCCGGGUCCGCCCCGGCUGCGGCGCCGCCCAGCAAGCCGUCGGCCGGCACCAACGACCCGGAGGAGGCGGCGCGCGCUCUGGCAGAGAAACGGCGUCAGGCCCGGGAGCAGCGGGAGCGGGAGGAGCAGGAACGGCUGGAGCAGGAGCGCCGCAACAGGCUCCUGCGGGAGGAAGCGGCGGCCCGCGACGCCGAGGAGAGGAGGCGGCGCGAAGAGGAGGCGCGCUUCAUGGAGGAGCAGCAGCGCCUCCGGGAUGAAGCUCAGCGCACCGAGGAAGAGGAGGAGGCGCAGAGGAAGGCCAAGGCCGAGCAGGAGGAGAACGAGAAGCUGCAGAGGCAGAGGGACGAGGCAGAGGCCAAGGCCCGCGAGGAGGCGGAGCGUCAGCGCGAGGAGAGGGAGAAGCACUUCCUGAAGGAGGAGCAGGAGCGGCUGGAGAGGAAGAAGCGCCUGGAGGAGAUCAUGAAGCGGACCCGCAGGAGCGACGCCGGAGAAAAGAAGGACGUCAGAGCGCCGCCGCAGGUCAACGGCUCCGAGCCCAACCAAGGUCACGCAGCUGCUGCCCCCCUGCUGGGCCCCGGGCCCCCCGCCCCUGGCCCCCCUCUGACCGGCCCUGUGGCCAUUAAUGGCGUCCAGCCCGCCUCGCAUCAGAACGGCGUCUCGGCCAACGGCGAGCUGGAGCGCCGUGCCUUUGAGGGGGCGGAGCCUUACCUGAGGAAGGCGGGUGCCAUGAAGCCGCAGCAUGUGGCAGAGGUUCUGUGAAUCGCCAUGGAGACCACCUGUAGGCCACGCCCCUCAGACCAGCAGAGUGCCAAACAUGGAGGAACUGAAACUUUAAAACU